GCGGAGCCAGUCAGUGAAACAACCAUUUGCUGACCACAGAGUCCUUGCUAGUCCUUGGUAGUUCUAAGGCUAACCAUGCAGUAGACAGCUUGUAGGGUCAGCCAACACCAACCCAUCGCUUCUCAGAAACUUCACCAUCCUUGGCGUUACGGAGGAAAGAUGUAAACAGGUCCCAUGGAGCUCAAGCGCCUUUUGAUGUGGCUCUUGCUUGGAUCCAUCAUGGGGACAGGGGCAGAUAAAUGCCCACGUCUUUCAACUACUGAAUUUGCUGAUGUGGCUGCUGAAACAUAUCCACUGAAGACCAAACUGCGUUAUGAAUGUGACAGUGGCUAUAGGAGACGAAGUGGGAACACCUUGACAAUUAGGUGUCAGAAUGUAUCAGGGACUGCUUCUUGGGUCCACGAUGAACUUGUGUGCAUUGAUGAGAAAUUUUUGUUCUCAAGGAAUCACACAGCUAAGUUAAAUCCUACACAACAGCCAGCAAGACAAACCCAAAGCCCAGCACCUCCGAAGCAAGCAAACAAUUCAAGUUUUUGCGGUAUGCCCCAAACUGUCCCACAUGCCUCUCUGAGCGUACACCAAAUAUAUUCUGUGGGGCAAGUAUUACAUUUCAAAUGCCCGACUGGCUACAAUAAGCAGCUUCCUACCACUGGCACCAUCACGUGCAAGAAUGUGGAUGGAAGAAUCAAGUGGACACCCGCUGAUAGGCCAUGUACCAAUGACAGCGGCCCUAUAAACAAGCAGCUAUCCCAUCUCAUGGAGGCAGUCAUCUUUUUCAUUCUGCUUCUCCAUUCUGCUGUCUUUUUGUGAGUCGCCGAGCAGAGACGAUAAAACGGGAAGGAACCAGGAAAAUGUGAAAUCUGAAAUAAUCCCUGGAAGAGCUCUCAGCCAGAUCUACCACCUCAUUAUUGCACUGCUUGGAUUUCUGAAUACCUUCUCUGGUAUUAAAUAAAUGACUCCGGAUUUUGGGUUGUCUGGUUCAGCUGUUAAAUACUGGCACAAGAAAAGGAGGAAUCAGAGCUUCUGAAAUCAAAAAAAGUGUGCAUAAAACCGCUUUGUCUCAGCCAUUGUGGAACAGAGAGUGACAGUUCAAAUAACGGGUGGAAAAUGAAUCCUGUGAGGAAAUUAAGGUUAAUUAUGCAAAUAUGUUGGUUUCAGAUAGAUUGCGCAAUCAGUCUUUUUCUGUCUGGCUGGUCUGUGGGAAGUCUGAUGGAGCAUCUGCCACCACCACCACGUAAUUCUUUGUCCUUCGUCCCCCUGAUUUCUCAGACGUGCCAUGACAGCUUUGUACUGCAGACUUAUUUUAGUCUGGCCUCCUCACUGCUUCUAUUACUACACUGAGAUGUAACUUGUUCCUGUUCAGAGGCUCCUCCGCCUACGUAAUCCAAAGUGUCCCCAUUUCACACUUGGAAGUUCUCCUUUUCUCCUCCUUCUCUGCAAAUGCUCAUUCCAGUUUCUCCUUAUGUUCUUUACUAAUUACUAGUGGGCUCUGCCUCUCUGCUGAAUGGGAAUUUUUCUCUACAGGGUGGGAGGAAUCAUACGAUAGAGUCAUAGAAUCAUAGAAUGACUUGAGUUGGAAGGGACCUCAAAGAUUACCUAGUUCUCACUCUCUCUACCCUGAUUGCCUGGGCUGUUAUGGGGUGUCUCAGAAUAUGAUAGGUGAAAAAUUGUCAAGAAUGAUCUAUAUCUCCCUGACUCUGUGGUGGGACAAGGGCUGAAGUAACCAACACCAGAUGAAGUAGUAACUGAGGUCCUAAGUGGUGUCUUCUGUGGAAACUGCUGACUGAUUGCUCAGGUUGCCCAGAGAUCUUCCAUCUCUGGAGACAUUCAAGGUCAGGCUGGAUGGGGAUCUGAGCAACCUGAUGUAGCUAUAGUGUCCCUGUUCACUGCAGGGCAGUUGGACUAGAUGACCUCCGAGAGUCCUUUCUAACCCAAAUGAUUCUAUGAUUCUAUGAUUCUAAGAUUCUAUAAUUCUGUCACCUCUCCUACUAAGUAUAGAAGAGACCAUAGAAAACCUGACUCUUCCCAGCUGUAGUAAAGCCUUUCCUACCUAUGGUGAUGUCUUCUCAGGGAGAUGUGACACUGAGAUAUAAGCUAGAGGAACCAAUGCCAUACUACAGAACAACCAGAUUCGUGCCUGAAGCUGCCCCACAGAAACAUUUCUACAGUAUAGCAAUUAUAGUAUUCUGACAUAACAACAACCUCAUGUAAGUGACCAGGUGGACAAAUGGACUGAUCACCCAAGUACAUUAGAUGGUAGCACUGUCCCUACAGAUCACACACCACUUUCUCUACAGAGAGAUGCUGGAAGCCUGAUUUCACCCAGGCCAUGCUGUGCUAUGCUGUGCUAUGUUAUGCUAUGCUAUUCUAUUCCAUUCUGUUCCAUUCCAUCUCAUUCCAUUCCAUCCCAUUCCAUUCCAGUAUUGCUCCAGAUCAGAGAAGGCACAAGAUUAAUUUGGCAGUUCCUUUUAUACUUGCAGAGCAUCAAAAAGCCUACUACAAAGGCAUCUGAGGACAGAUUCAAGCAUGACUUCAGCAUGUGCAAUAUUUGAUAUAUACUUACUUUACUGGGAAUUUAUGAGGUUUGAAUAGACUUUAACCUCUUCUUUAGCUAUAUUUUGCCUGGUAUGAUAGGGUUCAACUGAGAAAAUAUAAACAACAUCUGAGACAAACAAUGGGAAGGAACAAGUCCCUUAGAGGAAUGUGCUUAUCUCACCCUAUUGCCUAUAUGUAUAUGUAUGCCUGUAGUUAUUUAUGUCAUAUAUAUCUAAAUAUACAUAUCCUACAUAUAUACCCAUAUGUAUAUGUAACUGUACAUCUAUAUGUACAUAGCAGUACAUAUAGAUAUACACAAGUAUGCCUAUGUGUAGACCAAAUCCCUCAGUGUCUAAAGGCACUUGUUUCUCUUCAUUGACUCUAAAUGAUGCCCAAAUUGACCAGAUUACCUGUAGAUGCUUACAUGGAAUGUCAAAACCCAAACAGGAUUAAUCCCUUCUAAUUCAGUAGGCAUGACAUGUUAGUUUAGUUUUCUAUUUUGUAAUAGAGUGCAUGUCAUUACUUUACUGAGUUGUAUUCCUGUUGAGUUUUUCUCACUUCAUAGCUUUGAUAUUUAUACUUUCCAUAACUUUUCUUUAUUCCUGUUGGAGCAGGACUUAUUUGUAAUAUGUAUCUUUAUAAAGAUACAUACCUGACAGUCUAUUACACACUGGUAUAUUGUAUGGGAGAAAACAGCAAUCUGUACUUAUGCAAUAGGUGAUAUGUUUUCAAACCUGCCAGCUGCUCUGAAGUGUGCAAGCAGUGGUACUGGGAUCUUCUGCUUCAUUUGUUUAAUGCACAUUAGUUACUGUUAACAUAACUCCGUUAAGCACUGCAAUUAGGUUGGCAUGACUUGUCUCACUCACGGCAGUUGACUGGAGAAGGCUAAUAUAUUACCUGCUUCUAGCACAUAUACUUUUAUCCAGUUAUGCAGAUAACAAGUCAUGUCUCCCGUUGCUCUGCUGACUUAUUCUACUUUCCCUAACCAGGUUGGUUCAUGGGCUCUCUCUCCAUAUUUUGUCUUUCCUUCUUGGCAGUCAAGGGAGACAUACUGCUGGUACGGUACCUGUAAGCAAUACAUACUGGAGAAGUACUAUAGGAUUCAAUUUUCUUAGCUAUUAAUGUCUACGUAGGGUCAGAACCCAGGUGAUCUCCAGCAUGGGAGCCGUAUAUGUACUUUACCAGAAAGCCCUAAGUCUCAGACAAGCUGAACUUCACCUCCUGGUAGGCCUUGUUGGCUCAGUCCUUCAGCAUGACACACAGAGGGUGUGGAAAUCAGUAAGAUGCAGCCUGGAAGCAAAAAUCCACCACUGAAGGAGACUGUGGCCAAACGGCUACCAUCACUGUCCUGCUUUCUCCAUAGCCACUCAUUUGUUUUACAUGAAGUGUGGUGUUUGAUACUUCUAUUUUGUAAACUUGAUUUUCUCAGCACGGAAUGAUCAAUAAACUAUAACAAUAAAUUAUUCUGGAUGUUUGAA